AUGGCCAACGAACAAAAAGGGAGUUCAGGAACCUCCAUCCUCUCCCUUCCGACCGAGGUGCUAUCCGAGGUGCUUGCACGUGUCGCAUCUUCUUCAUCCACUGAUCUUUUUCGAGCAAAACUGUGCUGUAAGUUGUUUUACGAAGUUUCGGACGCAAACAACAUUUACCAGCGGGUGUCACUCGACAAGUUUGAAAUCGUUCUGUGGCAAAAAAACCACAAAGUGUCGAGAUUCUUGAAGAACUGUAGAGAAAGCAAAAAUCCAGAAGCCUUGUAUCGAAAAGGAGUGGUUGAUUUUUUUACGGACAAGCAUGAGGACUCAGCAUUGGAAUGCGUGGAAGAAGCUGCUAAUUCAGGCCAUGCCGAUGCUGCAUAUGCAUUGGGAAUAAUUUACAUCUUUGUUGGUAGGGACGAGUUAAAGUGCAAAGGUCUGAGACUGCUCAAGAAAUCUAGAAUUCUGAAAGGCAGAGUGAAACUUUGCAGUGACAAUUUGCUAGCGCUGCUGAGGAUGAUAUGGGUCAAGAAUCUUGUGUUUCUAAACCCAACGUCCAUUUGUUUUGCCAUGACACAUGAGAGGAAAACAUCUUCAUGGCCUAUGGAUGCAGAUGAAGUGGAGGAGAGUACAUGUGAAGACUGCGCUUGCGAUGAAGAAAUUGGAACAAUUUGUGCUGCCCUGCCUUAUCGUUAG